CUCGCCUUCACCUGGAUAUAAUUUGCGAGCGAAGCUGCCCCCAGGAUGACCACGCUGGCCGGCGCUGUGCCCAGGAUGAUGCGGCCCGGCCCGGGGCAGAAUUACCCACGCAGCGGCUUCCCACUGGAAGUGUCCACCCCCCUCGGCCAGGGCCGGGUCAACCAGCUCGGAGGAGUAUUUAUCAACGGCAGGCCUCUGCCCAACCAUAUUCGCCACAAGAUCGUGGAGAUGGCCCACCACGGUAUUCGGCCUUGCGUCAUCUCUCGCCAGCUGCGCGUGUCCCACGGUUGCGUCUCUAAGAUCCUGUGCAGGUACCAGGAGACAGGCUCCAUCCGCCCCGGUGCCAUUGGAGGCAGCAAACCCAAGCAGGUGACGACGCCUGACGUGGAGAAGAAAAUUGAGGAAUACAAAAGAGAGAACCCGGGCAUGUUCAGCUGGGAAAUCCGAGACAAAUUACUCAAGGACGCUGUCUGUGAUCGGAACACCGUGCCCUCAGUGAGUUCCAUCAGCCGAAUCCUGAGGAGUAAAUUUGGAAAAGGAGAAGAGGAGGAGGCAGAUCUAGAGAGGAAGGAAGCCGAGGAAAGCGAGAAAAAGGCAAAACACAGCAUCGACGGCAUCCUGAGCGAGCGAGCCUCAGCGCCGCAAUCAGACGAAGGCUCGGACAUUGACUCUGAACCUGACCUACCGCUGAAGAGGAAGCAGCGCAGGAGUAGGACCACCUUCACGGCGGAGCAGCUGGAGGAACUGGAGCGCGCUUUCGAGAGAACCCACUACCCAGACAUCUACACCAGGGAGGAGCUGGCCCAGAGGGCAAAGCUUACCGAGGCCCGAGUGCAGGUCUGGUUCAGCAACCGCCGUGCAAGAUGGAGGAAGCAAGCUGGGGCCAAUCAACUGAUGGCUUUCAACCAUCUCAUUCCGGGGGGAUUCCCUCCCACCGCCAUGCCGACCUUGCCAACAUACCAGCUGUCGGAGACCUCUUACCAGCCCACGUCUAUUCCGCAAGCCGUGUCAGAUCCCAGCAGCACCGUUCACAGACCUCAACCACUUCCACCGAGCACUGUACACCAAAGCACUAUUCCUUCGAACCCAGACAGCAGCUCUGCCUACUGCCUCCCCAGCACCAGGCAUGGAUUUUCAAGCUAUACAGACAGCUUUGUGCCUCCGUCGGGGCCCUCCAACCCCAUGAACCCCGCCAUUGGCAAUGGCCUUUCACCUCAGGUAAUGGGACUUCUGACCAACCACGGUGGGGUACCGCACCAGCCUCAGACCGACUACGCUCUCUCCCCUCUCACUGGGGGACUGGAACCCACGACCACGGUGUCAGCCAGCUGCAGUCAGAGACUGGAACACAUGAAGAAUGUGGACAGUCUGCCCACUUCUCAGCCCUAUUGUCCUCCGACCUAUAGCACCACAGGCUACAGUAUGGACCCUGUCACAGGCUACCAGUAUGGGCAGUAUGGACAAAGUGCCUUUCAUUAUCUCAAGCCAGAUAUUGCGUAAGUGAACUGUCCACUUGGAGCUAAACUGGCCCUGUUUCCGGCCUCCACAGACUAGACAUGAAGAAUCUUCUCAGAAA